AUGAGCGACAUCGUCUGGUUCAUCACGGGGGCGUCGAGCGGGUUCGGCGAGGCCAUCGCGAACGAGGCGCUGCGGCGCGGCCACAAGGUGGUCGCGUCGGCACGCGACUCUUCCAAGCUGGGCAAUCUCAAAGCAGCGGGCGCGGCGGUGCUGGACGUGGAUGUGACGAGCGACGACGAGGUGCUGGCGGGCAAGCUAGCCGCUGCCGCCGCUGUGUACGGGCGCAUCACGCACGUCGCCAACUGCGCCGGCUACAUCCUCGAGGGCGCCAUCGAGGAGGCCAGCGCCCGCGAGGUCGCCGCCCUCUUCAACACCAAUGUCCUCGGCACGUUCAACGUCUCCCGCGCCGCCGCCAAGCACCUGCGCGCCGCCGCGUCCGAGGCCGGCGGCAGGCACCAGGCGGCGCUCGCCACUUUCGGGAGCCUCGGCAGCUGGGGUUCGGGACCGGCCGUGGCGCACUACUGCAGCACGAAAUGGGCAGUGAGCGGCAUGACGGAGGGCCUGGCCGAGGAGCUGGGGCCGUUUGGCAUCGACGUGUGCGUGGUCGAGCCGGGGUACACGCGGACUGGGUUCCUAGUACAGGGCAACGGCACCGGGGGAGGAGACCACCGGAUGGCGACGGCGCGGCAGCUGGACGUGUACGAUGGUACGGCAGUGGCGGCGACGCGCGGGGCGCUCAACGCGUACAACCGCAACCAGCCGGGCGACGUGGACAAGUGCGCGGUCGCCAUCGUCGACGUCCUCACCAGGUCGGGCGCCGCCGAGGGCAGGCCCGUGCCUGUCCGCCUUGUCCUAGGCACCGACGCCCUCGCCGUCGUCAGGGACAAGUGCGCCAAGACGCUGGCGCUGCUCGACGAGUGGGAGGCCGUGUCGGCGUCCACCAUGUUUGCGGCUUAG